AGCUAGGUUACAAAGCACUCAUGGGUAGUCUAGCACGUAAACAAUGUGAAAAUUCAUGGUUAUGUCAAUGCCUUAAUUGGUUUUGUAAUUGCCGAGACAUACCUAGCUAGCGAAAACAACCUGUAGCUGUAGGUUCAUGCUCAGUCUUCAGAAAAACUAUUUCUAUGAAAAUGAAAUGAGAUGAAUAAGAUAAAUAUUGGAUUUGCUGGGUGUGGCUUUCUUGGUUUGUAUCACACAGGAGUGGUUGCAGCCUUGUCUUCCCAUGGAAAAGGAUUUGUAUCGAAAAUUGACAGGGUUUCUGGUGCAUCUUCUGGCUCCCUUCAUGCUGCAAUGCUUGUUUGUGACACCCCUCUAGACAAAUGUAUUUCUAUAGGACUACAAGCUGCAAGUAAGCUGAGGACAAACAUACAUAAAAUACCCUGGCAAGAUUUGGACAAUGAGCUGAGAACUGGACUAGACCAAAUCUUGUGUGAAGAUGCUCAUCAGUUAGCUUCUGCAAAGCUUUACAUCUCUGUUACUUCCUGGACAGCAUCUUAUACUAUAGAAAAUAGGCUAGUGUCACACUUCGAGAGUAAAAGCGAGUUGAUUGAUGCCCUUGCUCAUAGUUGCUUUAUUCCACUCUACUCAGGUUUCUCCUUUCCAAAGCAAGGAAAUGAAUGGAUCUUUGAUGGCGCUUAUACCGACAAUCUACCACUUUUUGAAGAAUUCGAGAAUGUGACGGUAUCCCCAUUUGCUAGCUCUGGUGCUGGAAUAUCUCCCAGGGAAAAUAAAGAUAAUCAGUUUGAAAUCGUCUAUAUGAACACACCUUAUGCAAUGACAUACAGCAAUAUCAAACGUCUUUGGAGAGUUGUAGUGCCUCCUUCUAACGAAGGACUGAAACAACUCUACAUGACUGGAUAUAAAGAUGGUAAGCUCUUCCUCAAAAAACGAGGUGUCUUCGAAGCUGCACCUGUACCAGAUCUUCUUCAUCUCUUUGACCAAGAAGACUCAAAUGGUUGAGAAUUACUCACUGUCACAUGUGUUGUAAUACGAGUAGUAAUCGUGGCCUGGUAUUGUGAAAAUGCUCUACAAGUGAAGAAUUAAAGCUGGUGAAUUUCUUUGUGUUGGGACUUUGAUAUCAUCUAUCUACAUGGUGAUAUCCUGUGGUAAUAUCAUGUUCUCUACGUACACUGUUGGACUCGCGUGACCAGACCAUUUUAUGAAAUCUAACCAGUACAGUCAAUCAUUAUGAACUUGAGAUCUUCAAAAAUUGGCCCCAAAUGGACAGAACUUUAAUUUACUUUAAUUAUUUGAUUUGGAUUUUUACGUUUUGUGAUUGUUAUGUUUUGUAAUUAAUAGUGAUAUUUAGUU